AUGGCGCAAUACAACCCCCCAGACCAGCAACAGAAGUACCCUCCGCCUCAGCAGCCAUACUACGACCAGGGUCAACAACAACAGUACGCUUAUAAUGCCCAGCAACAACCUGCAUACAGCCCCAACACCCAGCAGCAACAGUGGGGCCACCACCAGGCUCCUCAACAGCAGUACUUCGGCGCACCAUCGGAUGCCCCUCAAGGUCAGCCCAUGACAGGUGUCGUCCCUCCUGCCUACGAGACAGCGCCCUAUGAUGGAACAGUCAACCCCGAGUCGGGUCUACCAGCAAAAUUCAACCCUCGUCCACGCUACAACGACUGCUGGGCUUUCUUCUUGUUUAUCGCUCAACUUGCUGCGUUUAUCGUUCUGUCGGGUUUCGCAAUCAAUCAGAUCCACCAGAAUCGCCAGUAUGACCAGAAUGGAUACUACCCAGCACCGGGACAACAAGUCCCCGGGGUGGCUCUUGGCUUUUUCUCCAAGUCUGGCCUUAUUACGAUGCUGAUCUCUGUGCUGACGGGCGCUGUGAUUGCGGUGCUUUACUUUAUGCUGACUGAAGCAUUCCCGCGUCAGAUGAUUAAGGUCACGUUUGCACUGAGCAUCAUCGCCUAUCUCGCGGUCGCCGUCUACUACUUUGUUCGAGGGCUGUGGAUGCCUGCCAUCUUUGGCCUCAUCUUUGGUCUGCUCUAUGCCUCAAUGUGGUUCUUCUGGAAGAGUCGCAUCCCCUUUGCAACGGAAAUGCUGAGAGCAGUAACAUCCGUGUCGAAAAAGUACCCAGCAACCUUCGCGCUUGCCUUCCUCGGUCUCUUUGUCCAGAUUGCCUACUCUGUCUACUUUAUUGUUGUCAUUAGCGGAUGCUAUGAGAUGUACUAUGAUCAAAACACGCAAACCACGCCAGGAAAGCUCCAGGCGUUGAUUGUGUUCUGCUUCUUCUCGUUUUACUGGACGUCUCAGGUUAUCAAGAACAUUAUCCAUGUCACCAUUGCAGGAGUCUUUGCAACCUACUACUUUAUGGCAGGAUCGCCCCAGGGCAUGAGCAAGUCACCGACUAUUGCCAGUUUCAAGCGCGCUUGCACUACGUCUAUCGGCAGUAUCUGCUUCGGGUCCUUGAUCAUCGCCAUUAUCCAGACCCUUAGAGCUCUUACCCAGAUCCUGCGAGGCGAUGGAAGCAACGGCAUCAUGGCUUUCAUUGCAUGCAUCAUUGACUGUAUCCUCAGCUGCAUGCAGGGAAUAAUGGAGUAUGUCAACAUGUACGCAUUCUGCCAGGUGGCCAUUUACGGAAAGGCGUAUAUCCCAGCAGCUCGCGACACAUGGACCAUCUUGAAGGACAGAGGCAUUGUGCAGAUAAUCAACGAUAACCUCAUCGGAAACGUCUGGGCAAUGGGCGCCAUCAUGGCCGGGGUCCUCUCAGGACUCGCCAGUUACCUCUACCUGCGCUUUGACAAUCCGCCCUUCAACUCGAAUGGCGAAUUCACCUAUGUCAUUGUGGUGAUGGCGUUUGUGCUGGGUAUGCAAAUGCUGUUUACUGUUGGAACCGUCAUUGACAGCGGAGUCGCAACCACAUUCGUCUGUCUGGCUGAAGACCCGGCUGCUCUCGCUAGAACUAAGCCAGAACUGUUUGAGCGCAUCCGUGCGACAUGGCCUGCGGUCGUUCAGGGUGUGAACUAA